AUGGAGACAUCAGAAGAACCAUCAAGUCUGCAGUCAAUUUGUCAUAUUCGAGCCUCAGAGCUGUUCCCAAAACACGCUCACUAUGAAACAGACGAUCCAUCACUGAGUGUACCAUUUACACCUUUGAGUGGUGAAUAUGUCGUGGCAUUGGGAAGAACUGCCGAUGGCACAUUGGCUCUCUCUAAUUACAGAUUGUACUUACAAUUGAGCCAAGCGUGCUACAAUAUACCGCUAGGUCUUAUUGAACAGCUAGAAGUUAAAGAAAUAUUUUUUCUACACAUAAGCUGUAAAGACGCACGCUCAGUGAGCUGUGCAUUCUCCACAAAUGAACACUGCUUAGAGUGGUUCAAGCGAUUACAUAAAAUAACUUAUACGAAAAAAAAUAUCGAGGAGAUAUUUUGCUUCGCAUUUUACGCUUGGUCGGUGGAAGAAGGCAGGGAUUAUCUUCGGCUUGGAAAGGAUAAUAAUUCAUACAUCGCGUCGUUUAAUUCAGAAGUUGAAAGAUUGAAAUUUAAUUUACAUGGUACCUGGCGUAUAACCCAAAUAAACAAGGACUACCGAAUGUGUCCUUCUUAUCCACCAGAGUUGCUGGUACCAGCGUGCAUUUCUGACGAGAAACUUGAACUAGUGGCUAAAUUCAGGAGCUCGAGGCGGAUUCCAGCGGUGAUAUGGCGCAACGUUAAUAACGGUGCUGUGAUAGCUCGCAGCAGUCAGCCAGAAGUUGGUUGGCUUGGCUGGCGAGAGCCCGAGGAUGAAGCGAUGCUAAAAGCCUUGUCAGAUGCCUGCUCGUACGACCGCGGCGAGUCCACGAUGAUGGACUCUCCACUGAGUUACCCGGAGUCUAACGAGUACACACCGACUAGUAUUGUCAGCAGCAACAGUUCGAAGAAAGUUCUGAUUGUUGACGCGAGAUCUUACACAACAGCCGUCGCUAACAGAGCACGUGGUGGCGGCUGCGAGUGUCCAGAGUAUUACCCCAAUUGCGACAUACAAUUUAUGAACCUUCCGAACAUACACUCGAUCAGGAAGAGCUUUCACGCAGUGAGACAGCUCUGCGCCUCGGAUGCUGAUCAGCCGAAUUGGCUGAGCUUGUUGGAAGGAACUAGGUGGCUUCAGCACAUGUCUGGGCUGCUACGCGCUGCUGUUACUGUUGCCUCCGCGAUUGAAAGAGACGGACGUCCUGUACUUGUUCACUGCAGUGAUGGAUGGGACAGGACACCUCAAAUUGUUGCCCUGGCCCAAAUAUUAUUAGAUCCAUAUUAUCGAACGAUGGAAGGUUUUCAAAUACUUUGUGAGAGAGAAUGGUUAGACUUUGGUCACAAAUUUGCCGAUCGCUGUGGUCAAAUUGUCGGCUGCGAAGAUCCUAAUGAAAGAUGUCCGGUAUUUCUUCAGUGGCUUGACUGCGUCCAUCAAUUAAUUAUACAGUUUCCUUGUAGUUUUCAAAUGUCCUGUACAUAUAUCGUAAAACUUGCGCAGCAUACGUAUUCUCAACUUUUUGGUACAUUUUUGUGUAAUACCCGUCAAGAAAGAUUACAAUUACGGAUAAAAGAUCGUACAUUUUCAGUAUGGCGUUUUCUUAAUUAUAAUUCUUAUAUAAACCAUUUAUAUUCAUCCUCGGAAAAUCAGGUAUUAUGGCCAAGUUGUAAUGUACGUGACCUUAAACUCUGGUCUGAAGUGUACCUCGGUUCCAUGGAAAUGUCACCUAAACCUGACAAACAGCGAGUUUCUCUGAUUGACAUUGAAGGGACGGACAAUGAGGAGCCGCAACAGGGACAAAUGACCAAAACACGUUCUUAUGGUGAUCUUGUUCACACACAAGACCACGUAGCAUAUCUUCACCGCAGACUGAGCGAUCCUAGUAUUUCUAUUGAAAAAAAAUUUGAUUCAUUGAAUCUGGAUAAUGUUUCGGAUAAGACUGAAGGUGAAAGUACUGAUGAUGAAAAAAUUCAUAGCAUUUGUGAGCGAUCAUUAGAGUGUGACGCUAAAUUAAAUAAACAUAAUGUUAAUGAAACACCAAAUGACGUCCCGGCAAAUCCAUCAGUCGACAGUUCAACAGAUACUUUGAUACCCAGCAGUGAGCCGGGUCUUUUAGCUGCCUUGGACAGCAAAAAAGACGACGGACAAGAGAAUAGAUUAUCGGUUGAAAACGGAGUUGGACCCUGGUUAGAAAGUAGCGCAGCGGCUAUUGAUAGAGCACCAUGUACGUGCAAUCGUGUAAACCAAGAAGAUAUAAGCGACGCUAGUGAAACAAGUAUUCCUUUAAAUUCAAGAACACCCAGUAGUAUAUGCCCUGCAUCACCAACACAUCAGGACAUUAUCCUUGAUAAUCCUGAUAGUUUAGACGAUGUUGACGGCCUUCCUGUAAGAGAAGAAGCCUUGAGGAAAGAAUUACAUACGACACGUUUAGCUCUUAUUAAACAAGUUUGUAAUAAUCAUAAUAAUACGGAAAAUGAUCGAGUUGAUGAUAUUGGAUCCUUACCGGAUUCAGUCGGCAGUGCGGGAGAUCACGGUGAAUCUCUGCCCUCAGAUAUGUCUUGGGAAGCCGUAGAAGAACUUGGACCAGCGCCAACUCUCUGGGUACCUGACCACGCAGUAAAUCGAUGCAUGGGUUGUGAUACUGAAUUUUGGUUGGGUAGACGCAAACAUCAUUGCAGUAAUUUAUAA